GGACACAGCUCCGGGUAACCUGGGCUCCCCAGGGGCCACGGUGGGCUCCGGCAGCAAACGGGCAGCCCGGGGCGUUUGCGGGAGCAAAGUUUGCAAAACCCAGUGCUGCCACAGGAGCCAAGAGCCAGGCUGCAGGCGGGUAGCAGAGGGAUAAUCCUGACUUAUUUGGGGGGUAGGGGUUUAUUUCAGCAAAGCAGCAGCAAGGAAGGAUGCCACAGGCAAAGACCGACGGGUGCCGGGGCCCUGCAGCCGGGCGAAUCCGCGUCCUGUGACAUCUUGCCCUGUCAAGUGCAAUUAUUGUAAUCUCCCACAGCCUCUCAAAAUACGGAUCCUGGCUUAGAAACUGGGCAUCCGCAGUAUGAAAGCUGCCUUUGUGCCCGGGCAGAGCCUGGGCGCGAGCCAGCCGUUAGGUGCACGAAGAAAAUGAGUUCUCCACGUGCUAGGAGAAGGGAGGAAAAGCAAGCUUUCCCGCCCGACCCUGCUGCAGACAGGCUGGAUUUCACCCACGUCUCCCUGCAGCGGCCGCCAAGGGGCUGGGAGCUGCACGGCCGCUCAUCCCCCCGGGAAUAACGGGGCUGGUGACCACAGGGAACCGGCCGGUCCCACGCCCCGGGUGAGCAGGGCACAGCCGGCACGUCGGACCAUGGGGGCGGCUCACGGGAAAAAGAAAGAAUAUUCCCUUCAGCCCAAGUGUCCGAGUGGAAGCGGGAAGCCCGGGAGCGGUGGCUCAGCAUCGAUGUACACUGAAAUACAGCGGGAGCGACCAGACAGUGGGAAUAUCCUGACCCACCCAGACUACAUAGAUGGAAACCCAGACCUCAUCAAACCUAAAAAGCUCCUAAAUCCUGUAAAAGCCUCGAAGAGCCACCAAGAGCUGCACAGGGAGCUGUUGAUGAACCACAAAAGGGGCUUGGGCGUGGAGAGCAAGCCAGAGCUGCAGCGGGUGCUCGAGCACCGACGGCGAAACCAGCUCAUCAGACAGAAGAAGGAAGAGGAAGAGGCAAAGAAACUGCAGUCUCCUUUCGAAAAAGAGCUACUAAAGAGGCACCAGAGGCUGGAUCAGCUGGAGAAAGAGCAGGAGAAGCAGGAAGACCAUGCACCAGAAUUCAUUAAAGUCAAGGAAAACCUGAGAAGAACAUCGACGGUGACCGGGGAUGAGAAAGCAGCGUAGCUUCUGCCAAAACUCACCAGGGAUCCUACCAAGGCCGGCACUAACACAUACACGCUGACAUCUCUGUACAUGGUGGACAUUCACAGCCGCAUCAUUGGGGCUACUUACAGUUAUUAACACUUGCUCCAGUAGAAGGCUCAAAAAAGGUUUUCCCAGCCCAGGAAGGUAUCACGGUGGAAAAGGUGCAGUAUUCACCGAAGUACUCACACGAGGAGAUGCGGAGAGAAAUGAUGUUAUUUUUCCCCCCAGAUUGUGGGUACACGCUAACCUCCAGCUAACUCUUGGUUAACCCUUGAGACACAGCACCAUUUAAGCCAGGGGAGUCCGUGGAGGGAUGGUUUGGGGGACCCCUGCUUCUUCCUGGAGGCAGGCUUGCCCAGCACGGGGUGGCAGGAGGGCGGCUGCAGCUCUGGAGAACCUCCUGGAAACCUGGCGUGGUAACUAAAAGGGACAAUGUGCAUAUUACUGAGAACAGCCCAGGUGACAGUAACAGCUUUCCCGAGGGUCCCUGCUAUUGCACCAGUGUGAGAGUGAAGCCCAGCUGAGGCUGUGUGUCCCAGCAGCACACCCAUACUAUUAAAAAACCAACCUCUGUGUGCCCACACCAAUGCAGCACAGGCAGGUGCAAAACUGUUCUUCACAAGGACCUUUAAACUGCAUUCAAAACCUGUUUAAAAAUCGCUAUUUAGGCAGUUUCGUGCUCAGGCAGAAGACACGUUGGACUGUACCAUCAAUGUCCCAAGCAGGAGGCAAAUGCUCCCUGCAGAAAGCAAAGGCUGGGUGUUUCCAGCUGGGUGUUCGUGGAAGCCUGCAGUGACCAGGCAGCAGAUCCCUGUGGAUGCAGCAGACAGACAAACUGCUUCUUGCCCUUGGACCACUGAACGCCAGCCCCUCACCCAGCAGCUGGACAUGUGCUACCACAGAGACCCACAAAAACAUCCUGUUGUUGAGAGGUGGCGAUGUGGUAAUGUCCUACCGGCGUGAGGCUGCUGUCCUGUUCGCCCCGCACGCAGCUGACACCUGUAGGCACCAGGGGCUAUGGAGCACAUAGGUACCGAUGCAAAACUAGUUGUCGGUGCUUCUCAUCCCCUUUUCCAGAGGUCGGAGCUGCCUCAUUUCAGCUGCCACCUUGCAAAGCUAAAAACCUUCUUGCUGCCGGUGUAGCAAAGCAGCACCACGUGCACUUGCACCAGGUAUGGACGGAGAGUACCACAUUAACGGGGCACCCACAGGUGUCCACAUCUAGAGCUAAAAUGGCACCUUCGGGAAGAUCUCAGCUUCUUGCUUCUCACAUCAGCCCUGACACAAAGCCUAAACAGCAUAACUCACCGACUGCCUUUGAACACUGGCUCUUGAAUGGCAAGCCUCAAUGGACCUAGUCAGCUGGGAAGGUAAUACCUGGUUAAGCAAUAUUUACUGUCCACAUCUUCAGUUGAUCCAUACAUAAAUUAAGGGAAACAGGGCAUUUAUCACACACGCAUUUAUUAAAAAGUUACUAAUCCAUUCCCUAAUCUCCCUGGCCCAGUGGGGUGUUUCAUUUCAGAGGGCUGUUGCUCAACCUGGCAGCUUGAGUAAAACGUCUGAGCCACAUCACCUGUGGUGAGCAGUGAUACAGGCACGGGGCUUCCGCGAGACAUUGGACUAUAAAACCCCUUAACUCAGUUCCAGCCCUUGAAAGCCCCAUCUCAUGGCACUACUCUGCGGUAGUUUCUAAGCCCCCUGCUCAUCACGCUCAUUCUAAACAAGUUUCUAAUUCAGAAAUCCAGUGCAUACGGUCACUAUGGGUCAAACAAGAUCUGAAAGGAUCUAUUAUGUCCUUUCCAACUGUGACGCUUUUCAUAUAGGUUGUGAUUAAAACCAUGAGGAAGAAGCAGCAUCGACCAUUUUUUCAGGGUGGAAAGAAAGCCAAAUUUCUCCAAGAAAAACUAAGUGUUGCUAAGGAUGCUCGUGCACAGCUGUAAAGAAUGCUGUAUGAUACUCCAUAGAUAACAUCGGCUUCAAUAACAAGCCAGAAGUACUGUGCUGGGGGUUUUGUGAGGGGUUAUGGCACAGAUUAAGUAACCUUGAUCAAAGAGCUCAAAAAAAAUCAUCAAAUUAAUUUGUAAUUUUGCCACAGAUGGAAACGCGCUCCAGGACAGGCAAUCUGUCGCUCCAUAUGCACCAGUGAAAUCAGUGUUAUCAGCUCACCCGGGCUGGGACGGGGGCAUUUAUGCAAGUCCUUGGGUGGGAGCCAUGCGGUAAGGUCUGGGGAAGCCAAGCGCUCAAAUCAGCAACAAAAAGGUUGAAAAUAUUUUACUGCAGUCUUCUUUGGAGUAUGCAAAUACCAUCUGGGGGAAAAAAAAAAAUAAUAAUAAAUCAAGGUGUCUCCCUCUGAUGCGGUGGCCACCAAGCACAGAGUGGGGCUGCAAACCAACGCAGUCCGGGAUCGCUCAGGGGUGUCUGGGUCAUUUUCAGCGGGUGUCCAGAAGGGAAAGGGAGGGCUGGGUCACGCUGCCCUGACGCAGGCUGAGCUAUCAGGGCCACGAGAAACCCUUCCAGCGGUGGAGAGACAGCAGAAAGCCCUGACCCGACUGCCCACGGGCUGUGAGCCAGGACCCAGCCGCAUGUCCACACAUCGACCCACCCAACCGGCCACCAGCCGCUGGCACCGGGAGCUCCCGCGGGGCCAGACCGGGCGGCAGCAGCCCCACAGCACACAGCGGGACGCAUGGCACUUCACCCCUGGCGAGAGCUGCAGGCUCCAGCCCUCCGCGACGGCACGUGGGAAAAGAUGCUUUUGCUGUGCAAGCCUUGGCUUAAAAACUCACGGCGUUUUCCAACGCAGCUCUUCUCACCCCUGCGAACCGAUAACCGCAUCCCUGGCUGGGCUCAGAGCCUCCACAGCCUUCACGGAUGCUCUUGUGGUGCGGCAGCGUGGAGGUGGCACCCGAAAAAACAGCAGUGUAGACAUCACCAGGAAGAUUUUGGGGUAUCUUUGUGUCUCUUUUUCUUUUAAGUGAAUUCCUCCCUAUGUCCCUAAAACACAUUCCUGAAUAAACGUGGUGGAUCCAGAAGAUACAGAUUAUCAGAGUAUCGAAGGAAGACAAUUUUUUGCACUGUGUAUAUUGCCGAUGUGGUAUAUAGUCUAUAUACUGUCUUGGUGUUUGUACAUUUAUAUAAAAAUAUAUGUCAUGCAACUCUACUUAAUUAACUCACGCUGUUUAAUGUGGACACUUCUGAAGAAAUAAACUAAAAGAUGAUUGUAUAUUUUGCUCUUUUCCACAAGGAACUGAAAAAGCUCUGAGGAUGCAAGCAGACGA